CACACAGCUGAGUCCAGCCAAUGGUCUAAUAUCGGUGUCGUCUCAGCUCCUGCAGUCGCUCUUCAGAUGCUGAGUCCGCCUUCUGAUCUCGGAGCGCUGUCGCGGUACUUUAAUGCCACAUGUGACGGUGACGUUACGUAGGUGGCAAGUCGGACAAAAUUAACCGGGAUACACUGUUUUAGUGUAAACAGAUUUAUAUUAGCCCGCGCAGUGCUACAGGUAGAGUGUCCUUGUUUUUCUCUUGUUUUCUUUCUGUUCAUUGAAAGUGAAACUCAUCUUCCUGUUCCGUUUGCGCGGGCUUUACGUUGUGGUUUUAUCUUGUCUGCUUUCUGUUUUGUUUUUUCUGGCUUUUGAAAACGUUGUCGAGCUCGUGUUCGUUCGGUAGAAUGGCAAAACCCAGUGUUUAUUUGGCUCAGGAUCAAUUCAGAUGUUCAGUCUGUCAGGAUCUACUGAAGGAUCCAGUGGCCAUUCCCUGUGGACACAGUUACUGUAUGAGCUGUAUUUCAGGCUACUGGGAUCAGGAUGAGCAGAAGGGAGUCUACAGCUGCCCUCAGUGCAGACAGACCUUCACUCAAAGACCUGCUUUAGGGAAAAACACCAUGCUGGCUGAAGUGGUGGAGAAUAUCAGGAAGAGAAAACUACAAGCUGCUCGUCCUGCUCAGUGUUACUCUGAAUCUUUAGAUGUGGAGUGUGAUGUUUGUACUGGGAGAAAAUAUAAAGCUGUUAAAUCUUGUCUGGUGUGUCUGGAAUCUUACUGUCUGAUUCACUUUGAACAACACGAGGAAAUUCACCCUGGAAAGCGUCACAAAGUGACUGAUGCCACUGGACGACUGCAGGAGAUGAUCUGCCCUCAACAUGACAGACUACUAGAAAUGUACUGCAGGACUGACCAGCGCUGUAUUUGCAUGCUGUGCUUGAUGAAUGAACACAAAACCCAUGAAACUGUGUUACCAGCUGAAGAGAGAGCAGAGAAACAGAAACACUUGAAAGAGAGCCAGAGCAAACUCCAGCAGAGAAUCCAGGAGAGACAGAAGGAGUGUGAGGAGCUGAGAGUGUCUCUAGAGACUCACAAGCGCUCUGUACAGGCAGCAGUGGAGGACACUGAGUCGAUGUUUAAUGAGCUCAUCCAGUUCAUUGAGAGAACCUGCUGUGAGGUAACACAAAUGAUCAGAGAUCAGGAAAAGGCUGCAGUAAGUGGAGCUGAAGGACGACUGAAGCAACUGGAGCAGGAGAUUGAUGAUCUGAAGAGGAGAAACACUGAGCUGGAGCAGCUUUCAGGCACAGACCAUCACAUCUAUUUCCUCCAGAGUUUCCAGUCUCUCUCUGUUCCUCCUGGAGCUACAGACUCAUCCAGCAUCGGUUCUCCUCCCUCUUUUGGUGAUUUUCGAAAGAUGGUCUCACAGGUGAAAGAGAAACUACAGCAGGCUUUUAAAGAAGGACCAGGAAACAUAUCUGGGAUAGAGAAAUUGGAGGGAAGCAAUGAGUCUGAACAGCCAGGGUUACAGCAAUUGGUGUAUGAAACAACCAUUCAACCAACAUCUGUGGGGCGAUCUGAGAAACAACGCUAUACACAGGGACAACCUCGCUCCAUAGUGGACAAAGGUGCACUUCAUCCACAUGGUUCUUUGGUAACAUCAGUGAAAUAGUAGUCAUUGGGGUUGAUACCUGAACCUGUGGAUGAUGGUGGACAUCCUAUGGAAGAUGUUAUUUCCGUUUCUUUACAGAGGAUUCCACCUGUUAGACAAUUCAAAUUACCAGCCAGAGAUAAUAAUUAUCAUUUUGACCAUAAUGAUAAUUGACCAUAAUCAUAAUUCUCUCAAAUUCUCUCAAAUUAGAGGCAGAAUGUUGUUGAAUGUUGCCAGUGUAUGAUCUACUGACUACAUUCACCUGUGUACAGAAUUUUAAAGGACUCUUGAAAAUAGGUGUGCAACAUGAGAGCUUUUCACACUUAAAAUUUUUAAUCAUGGCUCAUCCUAAAACCUGGAUAAACUGAAUCCUGUUAUCUGUAAUCUCACACCGCUCAUUCUAUGCCUGGAGUUAACAAAUAAUCAUGGGGAUUGAUUGAAAGUCAUGUGAAGUGCUUUGAAAUGUACCUUUUUUUGACAGGGUGGGGCAGCUCCUGCCCCCAAAAAAACAGCCAAUAGUUUCUUUUUUUAUUUAAUCACAGCUCAGCCUAUGAGAGAGAGGCUGAGUUUAAUGAAAAGCAUCUCGAAGGGGGCGGGACAUGUCAGAUACUAGAGAGCAUUUGAUUUGGUGAGAAGAUUUGAUGAGAAACUAAAGUAUGGGCUGAUGUCAAAAAAUGUUGGUCUAUUUAGUUGAGUGACAGAAUGCAAGCUUGGGAUGUUUAUAUCCUCUAAAUGCAGUUUGUCUAUUUUUUUUUUUUUUUUGGAGUACACUACCUAAUAGAUAUACUUAAAAUUGACAUGCUCAUACUGACAUAUAAAAACUUUAUUUUAAUUCCACAAGACCUUUAACAUGCAUUUCACACUGUCAAUUCAUAAACCACAGGUUAACGUUCUUACACGCUUAUUUGCAGCAUCACCUGUUGAUUUCUGCAUCUUGUCAGUUAUGAAAAGUGUUUCAGCAUAGGUCUUUAACUGUUUUAAGCCUCACAAGAUGCACAAAAUGUACAACAAGAUGUACAUUUGGACUAGGAGCAAAGUUUGUCAUCUUACCUUCUCCUGAUCUCUCCAGUUUACAUGCUUUCCAUCUUUUAUUAUUUUUUUUAAUGACUGACUGCUGUUUACAUGAUGCACAUUUAUUUGCGUGACAUGAACCUUGCUGCUGAGUUUCUGAUUUUGCCAAGCAUGCAGCAGUAACAACAAACACUACUCCAUUUCACAUUGACCAAACUUAGCAUCGCAGUGCGGGGUUAACUCUGCAAAUUUGGUACUAACACUGCUCUAAAGCAGGGUUUUAUGAAUAAAAUGUGAUGUUACUUUCAAACUACAGGUGUGAACAAUGUUUUAGUCAAGGGUUAAAAGCAUAGAAUGAUGAUAACCCGGCAUUAAGCACACUGUGAAAAGUCCUAUAGAGGUGUGAGCUCUGAGGGAGUUAUUUAAUAAAGAGAGUCAAAUAAACUUAUGUGUCUUUUGCAUUUUCUAAAUGGACUCCAUGUGUGUAAGUGGAUGUGUUUUAUACUGCUUCCUGACAGUUAGGCUAAAUUUAUGCCCGUCUGUAGAGCCCUGCAUUGGCCUCAAAUUUACGCCGGCCCUAGCCAGAGUUGCUGGCUUUUGCCCGGCCUUUGUCUGCUCUGCUGAUCCCUUCUCUCAGUUUAGUUUACAUACUUUUCAGAUU